AUGUCUACAUCAGCCCAGUCCCAUGUCAAUGGCGUCAACGGCGUCAACCCACAGAAAGACCGUUCCAAUCUCGUGCCGUUCUCCUCGCGAUUGAAAGAGGGUAGGGCAUUGGCCGAGGAUGUUUGGUCAAUAUUCAAUGCGGCCAAUCUUCCCUCGGAUUGUCUCAACCUUGGGCAGGGUUACAUGAACUUCGCUCCCCCGGCCUGGGUCAGAGAGGGUGCCCAGCAGGCCCUGAACAGGGUUGAGACCAACCAUUACUCUCACCCGAAGGGCAGACAGCGUUUGCGUGAAGCUAUCGCGAAGCACUACGGUCCCCAGUUUGGAAGGGAGCUCGACGUGAACUCUGAGAUAUUGGUCACUAGCGGGGCGAACGAAGGACAGUACUCUGUGUUCGUUGCCUUCCUGGAGCAGGGGGACGAAGUCAUCAUGUUUGAGCCCUUCUUCGACCAAUAUCUGCCGUCCAUCACCUUCAACGGCGGUGUUCCCGUGUACGUCCCUUUGCACCCUCACACGGCAUCCGACAAACCUACGAGCAACGAUUGGGUCAUUGAUUGGGACGAGCUGAAACGGGCAAUUACGCCGCGCACGAAGAUGAUCAUCGUCAACACUCCUCACAAUCCCGUCGGGAAGGUCUUCACUAGAGAGGAAUUGGAGAAGAUUGCCGCUCUUGCGGAAGAGCAUAACUUACUCGUCAUGUCAGACGAAGUGUACGACUUCCUGGUGUUCGACGACAAGAAGCACGUUCGCAUUGCCAAUUUACCCGGCAUGUGGGACCGUACAGUGACUGUUGGUUCUGCUGGCAAACUGUUCUCUGCGACGGGCUGGCGGGUGGGAUGGCUGAUCGGCCCGCCUUCGAUCAUCAAGCCCACUCUGGCAGCGACCACUCGCAUAGUCUUCUGUUCCAACUCCCCUCUGCAAGAGGCUGCAGCGUAUGGACUAGAACAAGUCAAGGAACGCGGAUUCGUUGACCAGCAGGUCAAGGAGUAUGAUGAACGACGGAGAGUCUUGAUGGAUGCCUUCGAUAAACUGGGCAUGAAAUAUACCCGUCCGGAGGGCACCUACUUCAUCUUACUUGAUAUCUCAGGCGUGAAGUGGCCUGAUGACUACCCAUUCCCCGAAAGUGUCCGAGGAAGAGGGCGGGACUUCAAAGCAUGUUGGUUCAUUGCGAUGGAGAUCGGAGUAUCUUCCAUCCCCGUGAGCGAAUUCUACUGCGAAGAACAUACCUCUAUCGGAGAAAACUACGCCCGCUUCGCCUUCUGCAAGGACGUUGACACACUGAAACGUGCCGCGGAACGACUGCAGGGGCUCGAGAAGUAUUUGUAA